AUGUGUGCACAUGGCUAUGCAGGUGAGAUGAGCAUCACUGUGAUGCGUGCUAGCUGGAGCGGGAACAGGAUCCCGUCCAAUGUGGAGUUGGAGAAGAAGCUGGGGGAAUGGAGGAAGAAGCGUCGUGGGAACAACAAGAAGCUGGGAGUGUUGGUUUUGAUCUCGGGGGACUCCGACUUCCUCGGUUUCCUUGAAGACUUCAACCAGGCUCGAUACAAGACGUUCGUUAUCUACUUACCAGGAUGUCAAUCCACAGAGCUUGUGGCGAGCGGAGACCACAGCUUGACGAUGAAUGAGUUCAUGGGUUGCGACGAAGAGUAG